AUGGGAAAUCUGUAUGCAGUGCAGAUUGCUUGCUCAUCAGAAACGGCUGGUGCUUAUAUCAUAGCGAUGUCCGACACAUCCCAUGCUGCAAAACCCAUCCGCGUUCUGUCAUGUGUUAUGUGCCAGCAGCGUAAGGUGAGGUGUGACCGCACCUUCCCAUGCGCAAACUGCGUCAAGGCCAAAGCUCAGUGCAUACCUGCCAACCUUCUCCCGCGUCGUCGAAAACGCCGGUUUCCUGAGCGUGAACUAUUGGACCGACUUCGCCGUUACGAGACCCUGCUCCGGCAGAACGAUAUCGAAUUUGAUCCGCUUCACCCCGAGCCAGGCAAGGAGAGUGACGGCCAUCAGACGCUGGGCAGUGUUGAACCAGAAGACCGAGAUUUGGCUUCGCGGGACUCAUUAUCAAUUCGACCCAAGUCCUCCAGUGGAGCAUACGAGGCCAAAGACAUUUGGACCGCAGUAAACCAGACGUCGCCAGAGUCUGACGAGGAAGGUACCUCGUCGCCCGCUGUUUUCCCCCAAGAGGUUGUUAAGAAGGUCUGGGACCGGGGUUCCGAGCCCGUGGAUCCACUAUUUGGCGGCCAGAACAACCCCGUCGAUCUCUCGUCCCAGCAUCCUGAACCCCCCCAGAUCUUUCGUCUCUGGCAGAUCUAUCUCGACAAUGUGGACCCGCUGCUCAAGGUCACACAUACACCCACUUUACAGAGACGCAUUGUGGAGGCCGUCGCGAACUUGAAAGGCCUCGCGCCCACACUGGAGGCUCUCAUGUUUGGUAUCUAUUGCAUGGCCAUUCUAAGCCUUAUGCCGGACGACUGCGAGGCCCGGCUUGGCACCCCUAAAGAUGAAUUGCUCACCCAGUAUCAGCGCAGCUGUCGCCAAGCCUUGAUCAAUUGUGGGUUUUUGCGAUCCGACGAUCGUGAAUGCUUGACUGCUCUGUUCUUUUAUCUUAUGUCCAUGCGGCCGACCAUUGGCGAUCCGCGAACGCUCGCCACCGUGUUUGCCGUUGCAAUCCGCACAGCAAAGCGCAUGGGUCUGCAUAGCGAGUCUAGAUGCGCCAAAUUCCCCCCGUUGGAAGCAGAAUUGCGUCGAAGGCUCUGGUGGGCCAUGGUUCUGUUCGAUGCUCGAAUCGGAGAGAUGGCUGAUUACCGAGCCUUCACGCACCUCACCCCUCUCUGGGAUUGCAAGAUCCCUACUGAUGUGAGUGACUUCGAUCUCCGGCCUGACAUGAAGGAUAUGACCGCAGUGCAGGGUCGAUCCUCAGAGGCUCUUUUUAUUGUUACUCGGUACGCAAUGGCCGACUGUAUACGCAACUUCUCCUUUCACCUGGACUUCAUCUGCCCGCCUCUAAAGGCAGUCGCAAGGGAGAUCCAUCGUAAUUCUGGACGGGAGUACCUUGAGCUGGAUGCCCUGGAGGCGAUGAUGGAGGAACGAUAUUUGCGGUUUUGCGACCCUGAGAAUCCGCUUCACUCUCUAACGAUCUGGAUGGCGAGAGGGUGGCUGGUGAAAUGCCGCCUUUUUGAAUACUACUCUAGAUACCCGACCGCGCGCCAGUCGAACGCUCAGCGUGAUGCUGCGAGUCUAUAUGCGCUCACUAUGUUGGAUUGCGAUACGAAAACCCUGGCGAAUGUGGGCACAAGCCGCUAUCUAUGGCUGGUGCACUUGUAUUUCCCCUUUCCAGCGUACGUUCACCUGCUGCAAGAUCUGAGGAGACGUCCCCUCAACGGCCUGAUAGAGCGGUCAUGGAAUUCACUCAGUGAAAACUUUGAAGCUCGUUCUAACUUGCUUUUACGCAUGUUGCCUGGAGCUCAAUUUUGCGCGCUAUCCGGUAUCGUUAUUGAGGCCUGGGAGACAAGUGAAUCGGCCUUGAGACAAUCUGGUCGACAGGCGCUACAACCCAAAAUUGUGACUUUUAUGAAAUCCCGAUUGGCCAAGGAAAAUAUUAAUGCUCGGAUGGAAAACUCAUCAACUGCGACUAGCUUCAACGACCACACAGCUGCUUGGUCGAACCAGCAGAGCAUGAACUUUAGUGAUCCGUUUUUUACGUCUAGCGAAAACAGCGCGUGCGAUCCCGGGACGUGGAUGCCUUUCGACAUUCCUGGUCAAACAUCUUUCAGCAGUAUACUUACCUCGGGAGAUUGGUCGAUGUUGAAUUGGGGAAUGUGAAACAUCAUUUGCGCACCAUGCGUAUUGGAUUUGAUAACUGCCCUAAACGCUUAGCAUUGGCUUUCUGAGAGUGUACCUUGCAUUGUAUCAUAAGGCUAUGGUCUUUGCUUUGCCAUACCCUCCGCUUUGCCAUACCCUCCCCUCCUGUAGAAUCCGCCAAAGUAUCCCAAACUACCAGCAAUCUGGCCGGGGGUCAUGAUCAGAAGAGAAUUCGAUCUCUCGCAGGGUCAUCUCCUGGACAUCAUGCC